CUACCGCACUAGCCGCAGACGACCAUGGCUGCCCGGCAGGACUAUCUGCGCCUCUUCGCUCCGAGCGUCGGCGAUUACAUCGCCGUCCGCGUGGAAGACGGGGAGGACAAACUGGAGUACGCGGAGGAAGUGAACAGUCAGCAGCAGCAGGAGGCGAUGGCCGAGGGCAGUCCCCAGCAGCAGCAGCAGCCGCAAGCGGCGGCGCAGGACGAGGAGGAGGCGGGCGGCGCAUGCGCCGUGGAGCAGGACUACCUGGCCCCGCCCCCCGCGCCGGCGGACGACGGGCCGGCCGCGGCGGCUGGGGGGGAGCCCAGUCCGGCCGAGCAGCAGCAGGCGCACGCCGCAGCCGCAGCCGAAGCCGCCGCCGCCGAGUACCAGUACUUGGACUGCGUGCGCGACCUCAGGGUGGUCUCGCAGGCGCGCGCCGACGACGACGAUGCCAUGCCGUACCACCACCCGCACACGCCCCGGCACCACCACCACCUGUCCCCGCCGCCCGCGCCGCAGCAGCAGCAGCACCAGCCGCAGCACCACUACCAGCUGGGCGCGCUCUUCUCGCCCGUGAAGGACUACGGCGAUUCGCGCCACCAGGACGACGUCUUCCGCUCGGUGUUCAAGCAGGAGGACCAGCAGCAGCCGCCUCAGCAGGAGUACCUGCCCGAGGAGUACCUGCGGCACGCGCACGCGCAGCACGAGGGCUCCGUGUCGUCGGCAGAGUCCCCGGACGUGUCGUCGCGCAACGGCGAGGCGGCGUCGCCCGUGGGCGAGCUGGACAAGUCGCGCUUUACGCACCUGACGACGCUGCAGCCGAGCGCCGCCGGCUCUCCGGAGGAGCGCCACGAUCCGCAGAGGGACAUGUACGGCGCCGGCGCGGCCGCGGGCGCGCUCGAGCACCACGGUGCGGCCGCGCACCACCUGCACCACGGCUACCACCACCCUCACGACGUCGCCGUCAGCAACGCCACCUCCGUCCUCAUACACGCGCAGACCAGCCUCAACACCAGCCCGCUGUACUCUCGGAGCACGCUGUACCCCAGCUCCAUGUCCUACCUCACCACCAGCGCCGCUGACGUCGGCCAGGCCGUCGCAACGUCGCCCAUGUGGACGCAAGCCGGGCUGGACGACUACAGCCUCAUCAACAAGGCUAGCCAGAUGGCGCCGUCGCUGCCGCCGUUCACGCAGCGGUUCAACUCUCUGGUGUCGAUGGGGAGCAACGGUGGGGGCGGCGGAGGCGGCGCCAGCAGCCCGGGGGCGGUGUCGGUGUCGUCGGCGGCGCACCUGUCGCACGCGCGGCCCUCGCCCUACACGCCGUCGUCGGCGGCGGCGCCGACGCAGCCUGCCUCGGCGACGUCGAGCGCCGGGGGCGGCGCCGCGACGUUCGAGGCGUCGCUGUGGGGGUACGAGGCGUCGCCGCUGCAGCAAUACGGCGUGUCGCCGCUGGCCGCCUCCAGCCGCGCCAGGGCUGCCAACCCCUCGGCGCCCGCCGCGCCCUCGCCCUCGCCACUGUCCGUGCCGGCGCUCACUGCCAUGGACGCGGCCGACUUCAUGACGGAGGGCCGCGAGUGCGUCAACUGCGGCGCCAUCUCGACUCCGCUGUGGCGGCGCGACGGCACGGGCCACUACCUGUGCAACGCGUGCGGCCUCUACCACAAGAUGAACGGCAUGAACCGGCCGCUGGUGAAGCAGCCGCGCCGCCUGUCUGCAUCGCGGCGUGUGGGGCUGUCGUGUUCCAACUGCCAGACGUCGACGACGUCGUUGUGGCGGCGUAACGCUACCGGGGAACCCGUCUGCAACGCUUGCGGCCUCUACUUCAAGCUGCACGGAGUGAACCGGCCGCUCGCCAUGAAGAAGGACAGCAUACAGACUCGGAAGCGGAAACCAAAGAGCUCCAGUUCCAAGGGCGACGGCGCUGGCGGGGGCGGUAACGGAGGCGGGGGCGGUAGCAGCACUCCGAGCGUCCUGUCCGCAGCAUCCGGCAUCGUGAAGAUGGAGCACCCAGACUCGUUCGUGUCCGGCGACGUGAGGUCCGUGGUGGGCGUCGGCGUCGGUGUGGGCGUGGGUGGACUGAACGGGGGCGGCGCGGGGGCGCUGUCUGGCUACUCCCUGUACGGCUCGCCGGCCGCCUACCACGCGACCCCUUCUGCCACCGCUGCUUUCUACGACACGUUCGCGCAACAACAGCAGCAGCAGCAACAACAGCAACAGCAACAACAACAACAGCAGCAGCAGCAUCAGCAGCAGCAGCACCACCACCACCAUCACCAACACCAACAGCAGCAGCAGCAGCAGCAGCAGCAUCAUCACCACCACCAUCACCAACAGCACCACCACCAACAGCACCAACCGCCCCCGCAGUCACCACGCCUCGAAUCCCCGGAGCGCUCGCCGCUGCUGGCGCCUGCGCAGUCGCCCGUCUCCGUCGCGCCGCACAUCGUCUCCCUACACAACAAUAACAAUAAUAAUAACAAUGGUGGCGCCAGCGGCCCAACCAAGAUAUCUCAGGAAAACAUGGACCGCCCAUCGGUAGUUUCCAUGACUUCAUAGGCCUGCUGGUACAGCUGUGGUGAUGGAAACUGUAAUUUCGCCAGUGUGUGUUCUUUUGCGGCGGGCACGGUUGCAGGCUUCUGCCUUAAAAAGUUUCACUUAUCGUGACGUGUUAGACUGCUCCCUGUGCCUGCAUUUGUGCGACUUUGUUACGCUCUGUUGUAUCCUUGACACUUGGCAGUGAGCCCUCUCUCUUUUGUGUAGUUUUUAUGGCUGUCGUAAGGAAGUUAAUUCCCAUUCUUGCCUGUUUCCCGGUGGGCUGUGGACAAAUACGAGCGACGGUCUCAUGUCGUGAUCGAGGUACUCGGUAACAUUCCCCUCGUGAAACGCUCUUGAUUUGCAUGAUCUCGUAGUCGCUGUACUGUGAUGUUGUAUGCAGAGCUUGUCACAUAGUCGACAGGCGUUCUGUGGAACUCGUCAGCAGGAUGCAACGUGUUGUUGCCCUCAAAGGAGCUAGUUUCACACUUACUUGCGGCACCUGUAAAAUGUUUCACUUGGUCCUUAAUUUUAAAAGAAGCACGUCAAAUGGUUGCCCUAACGAGACAAGUCCUUACCAAUUUCUUUUUAUCUUGUUAUAAUAACUAACCAGUUACACCAAUUACCUGUAAAAAUGAUUCCCAAAAAGUUUCAGUAAUGUGUGUAGCUAUAAUUUUCUAGUCAAUUUCCAUUACGAGAGGUGGUUUAACGGCAGAGAGACUGACGUUUUUUGAGUUCAGUACAUUUAACGGCAUGCCACUUGGUCGUUACCAGAAUUUAUAAAGUGCUGCUCUUCUCCAGUACUAUGUAAUUUCGCCAAAAUACAAUCAUUUUAAGUAAACGUAGAUGGAAACCGAGAUACUAACGAGGAGAUGUCAACUACUAAUGUGUUACUGCGGUAGCAGGAAUCUUGUUUUGACUGAAGAUUAACGUUAACUUGCGUAACAACAGUGGGCUGCAAUAUUUUCUCAGUUAAACGUCAUCGCCUGCAAAUUUUCAAUGGGCAAUGGCCCCUUUUCACUCUGAAUGUAUUUCUAGUGUGAAUGAGUCAGAGAAAUCAAAACGAUACAUCUCCCUUUCCUUCUUCACCCAUCUCAGUAGCAAGACCUACUCAUACUACACACAAAUACUAACAACGCCACAUCCUGUGUAUGCGUGUGCGUGCCUCUUUGUGCUCAUCACUGACUAGGUGUGCCUCUCUUUGUUUCCACUUCUAUUUGUGUGUCUCCCUCUUUGUACUUCUUUCUAUUGAUAUGUGUGACCUCCUUUGUACUCUAUUGUGCUUAUAUAUAUAUAUAUAUAUAUAUCUGUCUCCCCUUCAUUGUACUCAUGUGUGCUCUUCUUUCUAACUCACUUCACAGCAGCUUCUGUUUCCUUUUAUCGAUAUCAGCAACAUCAAAUAUGUAAUGGAAGUAUGGAUGAAGAAAGGUUAACUCCAUUCUUUACUCAAGGGGAAGGGCAUCUAUGAUUUCUUCACUCACUUGGUUUGCAGGUAGUCAGUGAACGUUCCUCUGAAUAAGAACGUACAAGAAUUAAAUAGAUGUCAUCGGAGCAUUGUUUAUGUAGUGCAGUUUCACCCAUAAUUUCUUUUUGUAGAUAGAUUCCAUGAUACAGAAUUAAAAUGAAGGCAACAGUACUUUUAGAGACAUUAUUAUUUCAUUCUGGUUUGUACUCCACGUUGAAGGUUAUUGUGUUUCUGUACUUGACAUACUGUGUUUUUCAUUUCAGGUAGGUAUUUCUUUUUCUUCUCAGUUUCUAGCAAUUUCGUGAAGUGCUUUGUAUUGUAAUGCCAGCUGCAACUUAAUAGAUAGCAAUGACACAACAUUCAGGGAAACAUUGGAAUACAAAAUUUGAGUUUAUUGAAAAAGAUGUCUCAUUUUAUAAAUGGAAAUUAAGGUGUUGUUUGUGGGCAGGUUUUCAAGCGUCAUACAACAUCACAGUGAAAAUACAGAAAUAGAAACUGAUUUAUGGAUGACUUCAAUUACCCACAAAAGGAAUUAAUUAGUUAUUUCAUUAAAUCAGUUAAUAAGUUUUGGUCCUAAGAUGCACUCUUGGUUUGAGCAUGUAGUAUCCUUAGUAACAGAUGAGGAACAAAAUCUAACAUUAAAUAAAAUUUGAGAAAAUAUUUUGCAAACUUCUUUCACUGAAGUUAUGCACCACAUAUGUACACUACAUGGCCAUACCAGAAACAAAGGCAAUGGUUUGUUGCAGAAAUUAUGGACAUUGUGACGGUUUUGCAGUUGUCUGGAAUGGUAUCAUGAGUGGAACAUUAAUACACUGACCUGGCACGAACAUUAAUGGCCAGCAACGUAGACUGUCUCCUAGAAAAUGAUCUAAGAAUUGAUGAAUAUUGCAACAAGCAGGGAAAUUUAACAGACAUUUAAUAUUUGUCCUAUUCUUGAUCUGUUGUUCACAUUAUUCAUUUUUUGUUGUUAUUGUUAUGAUGAUUUUAGAGUAAAACAUAAAACAGACUGUAAAAUAGUGAUAAAUUUUUUUGCGUUGUUAUUGCUGAUUGUGUAAUAAGAAAGAUGAACAAGACAUGUUCUAGGGGGAUCGUUGGUUGAUAGAUAAGUGAUCUGAUUUUACUGUUGUUUGUCUGUGGCAAACCUGCAGCAAAAACUUUUUAAAAAUAGUGUUAAGUUGCUCAUUCUGUCUAUUUGUAAUUUUUUUGUAGAUUAGAACCAUUUUUGCACACGUCACAGUUUACUGCAUUGGCAACUCGUAUGUUACUGUCAUUAUUCUUAUAACUUUACAGCUGAGUGAUUUAUUCUAGUUUUUUUCUUUUUAUGUGGUGAUAAAAUUUUAGUCUGGAUCAUGAAUUAUCUACUAUGCAGACUGUAUCUCACAAUAAAAAAUAAAACCUGUUUCCUGAUGAUGUUUUCAAAA